GCAGAAGAACAAGGAAGACGGCGAUUUCUCCGAGGCGAUCUGCUGAAGACGAAGAAGAAAGGGAUCCCAAUCGGGGAAGAUGACCUCUGUUGUCCGAUGAUUUGCGCGACGACUGGCUUCGAUUGAUUGCAAAGAGGACGACGCAAAUCGUUGAGGGUUUUGCUGCCGUUUAGAGAAGAAAUGGGGAGGCAAAAUGGGAUUUUUGUCAUGACCUAAUAGAUUAUUAUAAUCCCAAUCCGAACAAGACCCAAUCCAGCGGCGAAGUUUUGAGUUCAUGAGAAGAAAUAGAGAACUGCAAAGACCAAAAGUGAAGUCUUCAAGUUACUCGAUUUAUCAUUCCUGAGACAGAUGCGUUCCGUUCUUACAAGGGUAAUGGCUUCCACCGGUUCAAUUGCAUCUGCAGGAGACAUUGUGGUGGAUAGCUUAAUCUCAACUUGUGGGAAUCUUUCUAACUUUGCAAAACCGGCUGGGGUUUACUUUACCGAUGGAGGUGCUCAUCAUUGUCAAAAAGCUGGUAUUAGUUUGAGACUCAAAGAAGGGAUAAAAGGGCAUGGCGUUUAUAGGCAAUACAGUUUUGCAGCUGCCCAGAAACCUUGCAAUUCCAGUUCAUUUGUUGGUCGCCGGAGUAAUUGGUUUCGUACCUCAUCCACCGCCUCGUAUGCUGAUGGUGCUGAGGCUGAUGUGACCUUUGAUGAGUUGAAAAUUGGUAAACAGCUUGUUAACUCAGCCAUGUCCUCAGACCUGAAUGUUGUCGUUGAGAAAAGACUAAGAUUAGUUUCUGGAUCUUGCUAUCUACCACAUCCUGAAAAGGUAAAAACGGGUGGAGAAGAUGCUCAUUUUAUCUGUGAAGAAGAACAGACAAUUGGAGUAGCUGAUGGUGUUGGUGGAUGGGCAGAUGUUGGCGUUAAUGCAGGAUACUAUGCACGCGAGCUUAUGUCUAACUCGAUUGCUGCAAUUAGGGAUGAGCCGAAGGGUUCUGUAGAUCCAGCUAGAGUACUGGAGAAAGCUCAUUCACUCACAAAAGCAAAAGGUUCUUCAACAGCUUGUAUCAUAACCCUUACAACUGAGGGACUGCUUGCAAUAAAUCUAGGGGAUAGUGGAUUUAUAGUAGUUAGAGAUGGAAUUUCAAUUUUCCGAUCACCUGUGCAACAACAUGGCUUCAAUUUCACCUAUCAACUUGAGAGUGGAACUGGAUCUGAUCUACCAAGUUCUGGACAGGUUUUCACAGUGCCAGUGUCAGUGGGAGACAUAAUUGUAGCCGGGUCGGAUGGACUGUUUGAUAACUUGUAUAACGAGGAGAUAACGGAGGUUAUAGUUGAUGCAGUUAAGGCAGGAUUGGACCCGCAAGGUAUGGCCCAGAAGAUUGCAGCCCUUGCUAGGAAACGAGCUCUGGACAGGAACAGACAGUCCCCUUUCUCUGUUGCGGCACAAGAAGCUGGAUUUCGUUAUUAUGGAGGGAAACUCGAUGACACUACAGUCCUCGUUUCCUAUGUAACAAGUGGCUGUAGUAGUAAACUCUGAUGGAGUUUUUAUUUAUUUAUUUAUUAUUAAUAAAACAUGUAUUCAAGCUCCAUCUGCUUCUACUUGAGAAGGGUUGGUGUUGAUUUUGGUAAAUCUGGAACUUGAAACACCCAACUGAAAAAGGCUUAGAGGUUUUUGUU